CAAGUAUAUCCACCAAACUGGUAUACGAUCAAAGUACAUGGAGUAUACCUUCCACCGUACUCAACCAAAUCCGUGUCCACUGCACCACUAUGCGAAGCUGGCACGUUGGACUGGCCGACUUUCAGAAUAUUUUAGACGGCUGAUUCGUACAUAACGGUUGCCAGGACCGAAUCGGCGAAUCCGGGAUUCCAUGUCUUUUUGAUGGACGCUCUGGAUUGGGUACUUGCCGACGGGAGCUCGGACGUCCUUGGAUGCCGUUUGCCCCUUGAAUUCGCAGAUCGACCUGUUCGAUUGUUCUUACUUGUCCCAGCGAAUGUCGGUUACAGAAUCUAACCAGGCUCCCUGGCAGUUGCAGCUCUACACCAAAAUCAACGCGUCAUCGAAGAUCUGCAUAUGAUUGGAAAAAUGCUAUCAUUGACUGUUUUUGUUGUUGCCAACCUCCUCAAUGUCGGGUUUAUUGUUUUGAUUCCUGGAAGAUGUGGUGACCGGCCUAUAAUUAGGAAAUAAUGCCCGCAUACUACCGCUGCUAUAAAAUGUCGUGAAGGCAGCAUUGCCGAAAUUCAAGGUGAGCAGUUUUCACUUCUCGAAUCACUUAAAGGGAAGCAACGACGGAGAUCAUUCAUUGAAGACCCGCUCUUGUGACUCUGUAUCAAACUACUUGUUAUCUUCAUUCACUUGCUGUCUACUUUGUUCCACCACAAAUACGAAUCAACGUUCAAUCCAUUCCAAGAGAAAGAAUCUUGUGUUAGCCCCAACCUGUCAUCUCGUACUCCCAGCAAGAUGCACGUCCCGUUCUUCCUGGCAACCACGUUCACCAUGCUGGCCGGCAGCGCUCUGGCGCAAGCUGGGCGGCCAUGGAGCGAUUGGCCUGGCAAUAGGCACUCUUGCCUGAAUGACACCGGAGUCGCGUACCUCAUAAACGGAUACACCUACCUCCUCGAGCAUCCUGGCGGUCCGGAUUUCAACAUCACUGCAAACACCAUUCUGUCGGACGCGUUCUUUGUGUCUUCGGAUUCCAUCAACACUCUAUCCCAGCGACCACUUGGCCAACUCGCCUACCCCAGCAAAGAAGCCUUUAUCGCCUCGCAGUUCGUGACUCCACCACUCCCGGUUGUUGAGACGCUCGCCACCUUCCACAACUGCGACAGCAUAUCCUGGAGAUGGAACGCUUCAGGCAUCGGAAGCAACCAGUACGAAAUCAAGGGACUCAUCAACUUCGACGUCAAUGUGACGACGCUCCAGAUCAAUGGUGUCUAUUCCGAGUUCAACACCGCUGCUUUCCAGGCCGAUCUAGGCAAUCCAGAAUGCCAGCAGAAAUGAGAUCAUGGGAGAUCCUCUGAUGUCAGCCGACGGACCAUAGACGGAUUUGCUCCUUUACUAGACUGUUUGCCAGAAGGGCCAAAGUAAAGACAUGAAAAGAAAUGGAAGUGCCACGUACUCAUAAAUCGGAGAGGUCGAUUUCUAGAAAACCCAUAGGGUGGACUUUAGCAAAAGUUUAAUGGUUGCACAACCUUCCAUUAUCGCCCUAUACGGGACCAUACUCGGUAUGCUUGCGCAGAACCAGUCUAUCAAAUGUCUCUUCUUUUUCAGUAUCAAGAUUCCACUGUUACAAGAAGCCAUGCCCAGAUAGUUUGCCACCGGUAGCUGCGAAUUGUUCAGUUCAUAAAUACCGGCACACGCCAGCGCUGGCACACGCACGGACGAGAGAGUGAAGUCCAUUAAGACUUUGUGAAAAAAAAUUAAUCAAUCC